CCAAUAUCCAGUGGGAAUAUAAAGAACACAACAAAACUCAGAUAGUCUUGAAGCGUUAAAAAGGAACAUUGCGGGCCAAAAGAAUAUACAAGAAAGGCUAGACAAAUUGGAGGAAAACGUAUUUAUAACUUUGCAGAACCAAAAAACCCUUAGUGAAGGCCAAUCGUCACUGGUUCACAACUAAACCGCUAUAUUUAAAAAACUUAAUGAGAUGGAGUCGAAAAUUGUCGAAAAGGCUGAGGUUUUGGCGCAAAAUAAGUCAAUCAGAGAAUGCAAAGUUCUCUUAAAACGAGUGGAGCAGUCAGUGUGCCGCAUGACCGGCGAAGUGAAUGACAAAGAGCUGGACGACGUCGCUAGCACUUUUCCGAUGGAGUCGCAAGCGACAGUUGCGGAAGUGGAAGAUAGACUGCAAAGCCAAGACUAUGCCCAAACAAUGAUUACAUUCCUCCACAAACUUAAAGGCGCCAGUGAUAAUGUGGCUGACGUAAUACCUAAGGUUUUCUCAGAUGAGCUCUUGGAAGGAUAUAAUUGGGAUGGCAGGUGGAGCAAGAAAUCCUUAUGCAAGUUGGCGCUGAUGUGUUUCAACAACAGGGGUGUAGGAGUUUCGAGCAAAAUAUAA